AGCCGCGAGGCGUCGGGUUUAAAGAGACAGAACCCGGGGAAGGCUGGGAGAGGACACACGAGGACACACACCGCGCGCGCGUGUGUGUGUGUGUGUGUGUGUGUCCUUCCUCGCUGAGUCAGUCCCACCUGAGCCGACAUGGCGCCGAAAGUUCUGCUGUUCUUGCCCAACAUCGUGGGGUAUGUGAGGAUCUGCCUGCUGUUUUCUGCCUGGACGGUCCGUCACGCCCCUGCAGCCUUCCUGCCUGUCUACCUGCUGUCCAUCAUCCUGGACGCAGUGGACGGCUGGCUGGCCCGGAGACUGGGACAGACGUCCGGGUUCGGAGCGUGGCUGGAUGUAGUGGUGGACAACCUGGGCAGGAGCAUGCUGUGGAGCCUGGUGUCAGAGUGGGGCUGGCUGCUGUCCUCUCUGGAGUGGUGUGUGUUUGUGUGUAACCACAGUGAGGGAGGAGAGCGGUGGAAGAGCAGCUUCAGCAGCAGCCCCAGAGUCAUCCAGGCCGUCAUGGCGGACGGGUUCCGGACCCCGCUGGGGGUGUGGGUGGUGAGCGGCCUGCACGGCCUCCCGGUCUGGCUGUACCUGUGCGGCGGCGGCGGCGAUGGCGGCGUGCUGGAGGUGUCCUGGUGGCUGCAGGCUGCAGGGAUGCUGCUGCUGGCUGCAGGCCGCCUGCUGGCCCUCACUGCCGAGCUGUGGUGUUUGUGGACACACAUCAAGCAUCUGACCAGAGAUCAGCCUGAAGACAAGAGGAGCUGAGCCGUCAGGACGGACUCAGGACCAGAGCAGGUCCCUGUGGGCCAGACGCCGAGGCUUCACUCCACCUUCCAACUGGAAACGUUGUUCUGGCUUUGACCCUCACAUGAUAACACUGGAACAAUGUAGUGAGCAUGAAGCCACACACCAUACAGACUGGGAACGGGAGAACACGGAGAACACGGACAGAACGGCAAGAUGGAUUAUUGUUACAGUGACGGUCAACUCCAAAACUACCAAGACCUGCAUGAUCUGGACUGGAACCAGGACCAGAUCCAGGAGGAUUUGCACGGGGAGUCAUGACGCUCUUGCACAUGCUCAGUAGAGACGAUCAGAACUCCGAUGUUCUCUGUCCACGGAGAACAUGACCUGCAGCAGUUUCUCCUCUGGAGUGUUUUAAAGCAGCGGUUCUCAGAUGGGGGUCCUGGUAAAGUGUUAAAACUAGCAAAAUUAAAAACACCUACAAAGACUGGAUGUUCAUUUAAAAUCAGUUCGUACACAAACACACACAUACACACACACACACACACACAGACCGACCGCCCGACCGCCGGGAACACUCCACAUCUUCAUGCAAGUUUACAUCGAUGGUUCUGUGGAGAAUUCCUUAUUCAUGAUUGAAUCACUUAUUUUAGUCUUUAGUUGUCUUUAUAUAUUUUUUCCAAAUACUUCAGCAUGUAAUAUAUCUGACAGAGCAGCGUUUUGUGUCUUCAUCUCUUAUGCUUGGCCCGGGUCAGAGGGUUCUGGAAUGAACCGUGGUUCCAGGGAGAACCACGGUUUCAAAAAGUUCCACGUUGGCAGCUGUUUCCAGUGAGGGAGGGGAUCUCUCUUUACUGACGCCUGCUGUGAUCUUCACACCAAAGAGCUUCUCAGAAUAAACUAUUUUUA